AUGGAGACGGGUUCGUCCAUCGCGUGCAUUGCGGAGCCGCAUUCCGUUCCGAAGACGCCGUUAUGGUUCAGCGACCUUAACAACUGUGCGGCAAUUUAUUGGUCCCCACAAAACUGCCCUCUGGAAGUGAUUUCGGUGGAAAGUGGUGAGAAUUACGUGGCUGCACGUAUUGGUGCACUUUAUGUGUAUAGCGUGUAUUUCCCACCUAAUGAGCUUAGGGCCGAUCUAGAUCAGCGUCUCGACCAAAUAGCUGACGGCAUACGGGGCAUAAGUCUUUCCCCAGUUGUGAUUGCGGGAGACUUUAACGCCGCGUCGGUUAGUUGGGGAUCUGCUUAUACAAAUGCUCGUGGUGAUAGCGUAGAGGACUGGGCGUCGUCCUUAGAUCUUGUCCUUCUCAACCGGGGUACAGCGCCGACGUGCAUUAGACCACAGGGGACAUCNAUCGUUGAUUUGACAUGGAGUAGUUCUGAAACUGCCCAUAAAAUUGCAGAAUGGCAGGUUGUUGCGGAUGCUGAAACUCUUUCGGACCAUGCCUUGAUUCAGUUUGUUGUCAAGACAAAACACUCUAAAGCACCUCCCUCUGAAGGAAUACCCAAAGAGUUGUUCCCAAGAUGGUCAACCAAAAACCUUGACCAGNAUCUUCUGUCGGCAUCUCUUAUCCUAAAAGAUUGGCUUUGCUCGCAACCACCUAACUGUGAGGCUGAUGUUGCGGCUAAUAGUCUGACCGAUCUUCUUACCGAGGCUUGUGACGUUGCGGCUCCGCGAUGUAAAAGACAAUCCACUAGGAGACAAAUGUACUGGUAA